AUGGAGGAGGUCAUGGAGGAGGAGGUGGCGGCGGCGGAGGAGGAGGAGGGGGUUGGGAUUCAAGCAAUGGAGGUGGCGGCGGCGGCGGCUGGGAUCUUGGAGGAGGCGGCGGCGGAGGCGGAGGAGGUGGAUGGGACGCAAGUGGAAGUGGUGGGGACAGUUAUGGGGGAGGCCAUGGAGGAGGCGGCGGGGGAGGCUGGGACUCAAGUGGAGGAGGCGGCGGUGGAUAUGGAGGUGGUGAUGGAGGUGGUCACGGAGGCGGUGGCGGUGGCGGAGGAUGGGACUCAAGCGGAGGCGGCGGUGGAUAUGGAGGCGGCGGCGGUGGCGGUGGCGGCGGUGGAUGGAGUGCCAGUAGUGGAGGAAGUGAUGGCUGGAGUGGCGGAGGAGGUGGCGGCGGUGGAUGGGAUUCAAGUGGAGGCGGCGGUGGUGGACAUGGAGGCGGAGGAUACGGAGGAGGCGGAGGUGGAGGUGGCUGGGACACAAGUGGAGGCGGCGGCGGAUAUGGAGGCGGCGGCGGUGGUCAUGGAGGCGGCGGUGGUGGACAUGGAGGCGGAGGAUACGGAUGGAGGCGGCGGUGGAUACGGAGGCGGCGGCGGUGGUCAUGGAGGUGGCGGCGGCGGUGGAUAUGGAGGCGGCGGUGGUGGAUAUGGAGGAGGUGGUGGCGGGGGAGGAGGUGACCAUGGCCAUCAACACUGUAAAAUAAAGAAGAAACUUGUGUGGAAGGACGAGUGGGUAAAAAUCUGGAAAACAGAAGAAAAGAAAAUCUGGAAGACAGAACAGAAAAAAGAUAAAGUCCCGGUAUGGAAGGAAACACAAGUACCAAUCUGGAAAGAGGUUCAAGUGCCAGACUGGAAAACUAUUAAAGUUCCAGAAGUGUUAAAGAAGGAAGUCCCCGCUUGGAAAGUAGAGAAAAAACCUGACUGGAAAAAAGUACAAAAACCCAUUUGGGUGGAGAAGAAGGUACCUGCCUGGAAAGAAGUCGAAGUUCCAGCUUGGAAACAAGUCUGGAUCCCCGUCGUUAUAAAGAAAUGUAUCCCAGAUGAACACGGUUGGGACAGAUCAGGUGGAUGCAAAUGGGUCAAGAAAAUGAUUUGGAAGUCAGAAUGGAAGAAGAUUUGGAAAACUGAGAAAAAGGAGAUUUGGGUUACGAAAAAAGAGCUUAAGUGGAAAGAAGAGUGGGUAAAGAUUUGGAAGGAGGAGAAGAAACAGAUCUGGGUUACAGAGAAGAAAAUGAUUUGGAAGGAGAAAAAGAUCCAGGUUUGGAAAACUGAGAAAAAGCAAGAGUGGGCCACAAAGAAAGAACAAGUAUGGAAGGAGGUUUGGAAGACAGUUCAAGUUCCUGCUAUAAAACAUAUUCAAGUGCCGGCGUGGAAGAAAGUCAGUAAGCCAGUGUGGCACGAAGCAUGCGUUCCAGAGGAGCAUCCCGGUGGACCUUACCCUUGAAACAACUCUUCCUAUGAGUUCGGACAUACUUAAGCCAAAUUAUGUUGUACUAACUUACCUUAAGUUCUCAUACCACCUGUUUC